AUGAAGCGCACGAGUUGUAAAAGAGUCAGUGGGUCUUCUUCCGCCGGCCGCGCAAGCGGCCGUCGGGAUCCCCUUUCGCAUUCUAGUGCUCGCGGGGGGUGUCCGGUUCGCAACCCGUCAAUACGGGCUGGUCGCUGUUUGUGUAUCAAUAACACACAGUGGCGUCUUCAAAAUGUUGGUCAUGUGCGCGGGCGGUGCGUCCCAGGUGCGCGCGGCACGCCCCCACCGACGGGCUCGGCGCUCGAGGUAGGCGCGGCGCUCGGAGUGUGCGCGGAGCGUACGGCAGGCGCGGCGAUAGGCGCGGCAAGCGCGGCAGCGGGCGCGACAGGUGCGGCGCGCGGGGCAGGCGCGGGUGGCGCGGCGGGCUCCGGAACGGGGAGCGCGAGUCUUCGUCGCAGCCGAGGAUCCCGCUGGGAGAGGGGUUCCGGGAAGGACGGGAUGGUAGCGUCCUGGCACGGCCUCUUGGGGUCGCGGGCAGGAGGGGAGGGGGAUUCCGGUCGGGGGCGACGCAGGGGGGUCGACCGUGCAAUGUUGCCACAAGAGUAA